CACCCCUACCGUCAAGCCUGUGCCUCUUCCCCGCCCCCUCGGCCUGUCCAGGGGAGGGGAAGGGGCGGGCAGCGCAGGGGGUGUGACAGCUCCCGCCCGGAUCAGUGCCAGCUGCAGCUUCUCUUGAGCGCCCUGUGCCAGCUGGCGCUUACAUCUGGAACCGAGGAGAAGGCUCGGAGUUCUUAGUCUUUGGGGAGGGGUGGGGUUCCCCACUCCCCUUAGACCUCUACUCACCCAGGUCGAGCCCCUUUGCCUAGCCCUGCAUCUUGCUCCUCCAGACAACCUGUCCUGCUGGGAACUGGCCCUUCGCUGCCGCCCGGGUGUCGCUAGCACCCACACCCCUCCAGGAUUCCAGGUUGGAGCUGCCCUGGAGCGCACCAGGGAUCCUCCAGCCUCUUGCUAGAGCGUGCACCGCUGUGUGAGUUGGAGAAGAAACAUGAAGGUCAGCUGGCCAGGUGAGAACCACUGGCAGGUGGGCCCAGCUGUGGUGGAGAGUCCAGCUGUGGGGGCAUCGCAGGUGGGAAGUCUCCCUGACGUGGUUCCAGAGGGCACGCUGCUCAAUAUGGUGCUGAAAAGAAUGCACCGUCCCCGGUGCUGCUCUUACCAGCUGGUGUUCGAGCACAGGCGGCCCAGCUGCAUCCAGGGACUUCGCUGGACACCACUCACCAACAGUGAGGAGUCCCUGGACUUCAGUGUGAGCCUGGAGCAGGCCACCACAGAGCGCGUGCUCAAGGCAGGGAAGCUCCUCCACCGUCAUCUCCUGGCCACCUACCCUACCCUCAUCCGAGACAGAAAAUACCAUCUCCGAUUAUACCGGCAAUGCUGCUCUGGCCGGGAGCUGGUGGAUGUGAUCUUGUCUCUGGGGCUUGGCGUCCAUUCACGGAGCCAAGCUGUGGGUGUCUGCCAGGUGUUGCUGGAUGAGGGUGCCCUUUACCAUGUGAAACAUGACUGGACCUUCCAGGACCGAGAUGCCCAAUUCUAUAGGUUCCCUGGACCAGAGCCAGAACCCGCGGGAACUCAUGACGUGGAAGAGGAGCUUGUUGAGGCAAUGGCUCUGCUCUCGCAGCGAGGGCCUGAUGCCUUACUCACCGUGGCCCUCCGGAAGCCCCCAGGUCAGCGGACAGAUGAAGAGCUGGACCUCAUCUUCGAAGAGCUACUGCACAUCAAGGCAGUGGCCCACCUCUCCAACUCCGUGAAGCGGGAAUUAGCUGCCGUUCUGCUCUUUGAACCACACAGCAAGGCAGGGACUGUGUUGUUUAGCCAGGGGGACAAGGGCACCUCGUGGUACAUCAUCUGGAAGGGAUCUGUCAAUGUGGUGACCCACGGCAAGGGGCUGGUGACCACUCUCCACGAGGGAGACGACUUUGGACAGCUGGCUCUGGUGAACGGCGCGCCUCGGGCAGCCACCAUCGUCCUCCGAGAAAAUAACUGUCACUUUCUGCGUGUGGACAAGCAGGACUUCAACCGCAUCAUCAAGGAUGUGGAAGCGAAAACCAUGAGGCUGGAAGAGCAUGGCAAAGUGGUGCUGGUUCUGGAGAGGAGCUCUCAGGGCACCGGCCCUUCCCGCCCCCCAACCCCAGGCAGGAAUCGGUAUACAGUAAUGUCUGGCACCCCAGAGAAGAUCCUAGAACUCCUGUUGGAAGCUAUGCGGCCAGAUUCCAGUGCUCAUGACCCAACAGAGACAUUCCUCAGUGACUUCCUGCUGACCCACAGUGUCUUCAUGCCCAGCACCCAGCUCUUCACUGCCCUCUUGCAUCACUUCCAUGUGGAGCCGGCAGAGCCUGCUGGAGGCAGCGAACAGGAACGAAGCACCUAUGUCUGCAACAAAAGGCAGCAGAUUCUGCGGCUAGUCAGCCAGUGGGUGGCCCUGUACGGCCCCAUGCUCCACUCAGACCCCGUGGCCACCAGCUUCCUCCAGAAACUCUCAGACCUGGUGAGCAGGGAUGCCCGGCUUAGCAACUUGCUGAGGGAGCAGUGGCCAGAGAGGAGGCGGCAUCACAGGUUGGAGAAUGGCUGUGGGAACGCAUCUCCUCAGAUCAAGGCCCGGAAUGCACCUGUUUGGCUCCCUGGCCAGGAGGAACCCCUCCCAAGCAGCACUGGUGGCGCCAUUCGAGCUGGGGACAAAGUCCCCUAUGACAUCUGCAGACCCGACCACUCAGUGCUGACUCUGCAGCUGCCUGUGACGGCCUCCGUGAGAGAGGUGAUGGCGGCUCUGGCUCUUGAGGACCACUGGACCAAGGGGCAAGUUCUGGUCAAGGUCAAUUCCGCAGGCGAUGUCGUUGGCCUGCAGCCAGAUGCCCGCGGUGUGGCCACAUCCAUGGGGCUCAACGAGCGGCUCUUUGUUGUGGACCCACAGGAAGUUCAUGAGCUGACCCCACACCCCGAGCAGCUGGGGCCCACUCUGGGUUCUUCUGAGAUGCUGGACCUAGUGAGCGCCAAGGACCUGGCAGGCCAGCUGACAGAGCUUGACUGGAGCCUCUUCAACAGGAUCCACCAGGUGGAGCUGAUCCAUUACGUGCUGGGGCCCCAGCACCUGCGGGAUGUCACCACCGCAAACCUGGAGCGCUUCAUGCGGCGAUUCAACGAGCUGCAGUAUUGGGUAGCCACCGAGCUCUGUCUCUGCUCCGUUCCUGGGCCCCGGGCUCAGCUGCUCCGGAAGUUCAUCAAGCUGGCAGCCCACCUCAAGGAGCAGAAGAAUCUCAACUCUUUCUUUGCGGUCAUGUUUGGCCUCAGCAACUCUGCCAUCAGCCGCCUGGCCCACACCUGGGAGCGUCUACCCCAUAAAGUACGGAAGCUGUACUCUGCCUUGGAGAGGCUUCUGGACCCAUCGUGGAACCACCGAGUGUAUCGGUUGGCACUCACCAAGCUCUCCCCUCCUGUCAUCCCCUUCAUGCCCCUGCUACUCAAAGACAUGACCUUCAUCCAUGAGGGAAACCACACGCUCGUAGAGAACCUCAUCAACUUUGAGAAGAUGCGAAUGAUGGCCAGAGCCAUGCGGAUGCUCCACCACUGCCGGAGCCACAGCACGGUGCCUCUGUCACCACUCAGAAGCCGAGUUUCCCACAUCCACGAGGACAGCCAGGCAUCAAGGAUUUCCACAUGCUCUGAGCAGUCCCUGAGCACCCGGAGUCCAGCCAGCACCUGGGCUUAUGUCCAGCAACUGAAGGUCAUUGACAACCAGCGGGAACUGUCCCGCCUCUCCCGGGAGCUGGAGCCAUGAGGAGGGACUGGACGGAGCAGGCACUUCUCUCAGAGAAAGCCAGAGCCUGUGGGGCCCAGAGAGGUCCAGAGGCCAGCCACAGCUGGGCAGGGCUCUCCGUGGAGCGGACUGAAGGCCCUGGAGUGGGCAGUCUAGAGGCAGCUGGCCCCUGUGAGGACUGUCAGCUAAGGAGAUCUUUGAUGUGGAACUGAGCUGGCCAUAAGGCCAAGGAAAAGGGGACAUGGAGGCCCUGGAGUGGGCAGGGGAGCUGGGAGGUGCAAGGACUCAGAGGUACAAUAGAAAGCUCUCCCACCAGGCUUUUUACACCAUCUGUACAUACAGCUGUGCCGCCCAGUGGUCGCCAGGCCCCGCGCUUGUGUUUCACAGGGGUCAGAGAGCUCACAUCUGCACCAUGUGUGUGCACUGGGUGGGGUCUUGCCUAGGAGAGGGUGGGGGAGUUUGGCUUUUCUCUCCACACAUCUGAGAUAAACAGUUGGGUGUAGGCAGGGCUGGGGCCUAGAGUGGUGGUCCCUGUGGAGCAGCCUUGUUCCCAUAAAUUAACAAAGAUAAUGUGUGUUCUGUGGCCUGGGCGUGUGACAGGGAAAGCCGGUGGAGGAGGAAUUUGUUCCCUGGGUACAGAAAGCAGCCCCACCACCUCGGGCUGGGCUCCAGGAAAGCCAACUGUUACCCAGAUGGGCUACGGUGCUGUCCUGGGCACUCUGGGGAUCAUCAGCUCUCUGCCAAAAAAGACUAUAAAAGUCCAGAUGCAGCUAGCAUCCUCUACCUCCUUCUUCCCAGCUCUGCUCUUGAUCCUGUUGGGUGCUGUGUGUGCUGAGCAGAGGCCUCAUGAGGGUGAGGGAAGAGACAUAGGCAGAAGACAUGAAGGCAUAACCGCACCUGCCUAGGCAAAGUUUCAUGCCUGGAAACUCCAUUCCAGGAUGCUGCCCUCUCUGCUCUCCUUGUUGGGAGCCUGGAAGCGCUAGGCCAACCUGAAAGAAACCCCACCGCCUCCACCAUGACCCUGAGUAAACUCCAGGGCAGCCAGGACUCUCAGGCAUCUGGAGGAGGUAUGCUUACAGAAGAAGGGCCGGAGGCAGCAAGGGCAGCCCCGCACUCCUCCUGCGGUGUAGCAGCCAGCUCAGACUUGACAUACUCCGCCUCCCCCUGGUCUCCACACACUGCCAGACUCUUCAGCUGGAGGCCACAGAGGCUAUGUCAGCUGAUCCCAGGAGAGGUCCAUGCUGUUGGCAGGGAGCCAGACAGCGCAGGUCUAAUGAGCCUGAGCACACCAGUGUGCAUUCUUCGCCUUCAUUUGCCCAGCUGUAAGGUGGGCAUGAUAGAGUCACCAGUGACAAACAAGGCAGAAGGUCUCGCCUCCUCCAGAGUGACUGUCACAGAUCUGUGUCUGUGACCUGGGGGACAAGCCGCAUCUCCGGGAGUGGAAUCCAAGACAGCUCUCGGGUUAGAACCAACUGCUGGGAUGACCAAACCAGUUCUGUUGCCCGUGGGCAGGGAGGGAGAAUCUGAGGGUAGCAUCCUGAGCUGAGCAAUCGUGAUCCGAGCCCAAGCCUCCGUGAGUCAGGAGUCCCUGAAGCUUUCUUGUCUCCUAAGCCCAUUGUCAGUGUUUUCGGUGGAGACCGUGCCGGUCAGUCUCAGCCCUUUGCCAUCUCCACAGACUCCAGGGUGAAACCAACCCAGCCUCCUUCACCUGCUUUUAUUCCUUCUCCCUGGUCAUACUUACCUUCUGGGCUCCAUAUGGGCCUCCCAACUGAGACAAGCUGCAGCUUCCAGCCAGUCUACCUCAGUCUGGACCUCUUUGACCCUGCUGGGAAAGAUUCCGGCAGGAGAACAAUGCCCUGGACACACAGGGGACAUAGACUUGGGAGUGGAUGUAUGAGCCAGGUCACUGCCUAGGGCACAGGGGACUGAGGAAGAGUCCAGGCUCCUGGUGGCUGUCUCCUGAUGUUCAGGCAGAGGGUGGGAAGCUGCUCCUGCUCCCUGGCUUCCCAGACUGUGUGUAUCCGUGGGUGGUGGAGGCACCUGAGGCCAAAAUAGGAGGGGAAGAUCACAGGCUGCUUAAGAGAGACUGAACAGGGAGGGGGUCUUUAAAAACAACUUGUUACCUAAAGAGGUAGAACAGAGGUGUGCGUGUCUCUGUGUCUGUGUUUCUUGUGAGGGAAAACAGCAUGCGUGGUCAUUGCGCAUGCCUGUGGCCCUCCCUGUCUCCCAUAUGGUUCCCUGUAAGGGCUACAGCCAUGGGCCAGGCCAGGCUUGGACUUCACCAAGGGAGGUUAUGCUUCUCUAGCCACGCACAGUGCCUGGUGAGAGGGCAGAGGGGUUGGAGCCAGCCCUCCCCAUCCUUCAAGCCUUAUUGCCCAUCACAGGAGGAGGAUUGGCACCAAACCUGUGAGCCAGCUCAGAAUUAGGCUGGGUGGGAACGGGCCUGCUUCCACAGGGUUGUUGGCUCUGUGUCCCCAGCAGUCCUGAACUGAAGAACACUCACUCUGCUUCCCAGGUAGCAAAAAUUAGACAUUUUGAUGUCGCUGCUGCUGUCGGUAAGAUUUGUCAGGGUAAUAAUAGUCUGAGAUUUGAAUAGUGCCUCUGGCCUCUCUCCAUCACACUUUCACAUCUACGGUCUUAUUUUUAUCCUCAUGACAGAAUAGGAACUACAGGUUAUUUUUUUUUUUAACCUUGUUUCAUAGUCAGAGGAACUGAGGCACGGAGAGAUUUGCCUAAGGUCACCUAACGGCUUAAUGACAGGGUGGCUACGGCAAGUAACUGCAUAAGUAUCAGCCAAAGUAACUGCAUAAGUAUCAGCCGUGUCCCCGGUGUGUCCAGUGUCACCUCCCUGGAUCCCAUUGUCUUCUGUAGGAGUAGCCCAGAUGUAGAGCUCUUUCUCCUGUCUCUGUUGCUAGGAUCUGGUUUUCAAGGCUGCAGUGGGGGUCUGUGAGUGGGGUCAGUUGCCCUUGCCUUCACAGAUCGAUUCCCCACACCUUUCAGAAGAGGAACUUAGAGGGUAAUAAAAGCCCUAUACUGCCUAGUUCACCUCUAGCCCACCAGAAGAUCUGAGGCCCACAACUGCUCUUGCAUGGAAACCCUCCCCCGAUCAGCCUGCAGAGCCCUGCCUCUUGUCGAAGAUGCUCCAAGUUCACCACUAUUGGGAUCUGCCCAAAUUUCAGACAGGUGUGGCCGUCGGUGGCUGGUGCCAGCUCUGCUCUUGUUCAUAAGUCCCCUCUCCCACACGCCCACAGACCUGAAAGGACCAGAAGAGGGUAUUAGAUCUCAUUAUAGAUGGCAGUGGGUCACAAUGUAGUUGCUGGGAAUUGAACUCAGGACCUCUGGAAGAGCCAUCAAUGCUCUUAACCACUGAGCCAUCUCUCCAGCUCCCAGCCUCACAUUCUUACAUGAUAUGCUAACUUAAAGUGAUGCUGUUGAUAAGCAAAGUGUCGUUUGUCUCCUGCAAGAUAUAGUGUUUAAAGAACCCUCAUCCUUUGCUUACCUCUUAGGUACUGUCAUUCCCCAAAGCCCGCAUUAGUGGGCUGGUCCCUGAGUCUGCAUGUGUGCAGGGGUGGAUGGCUGCCUGCUUGCUUUUCUACUCUUUGAUCAGGUUGUCUAGAGAAAGACUUAUUGUGUAGAUAUUUAGCCUAGGAAGAUUCUAAUGAAUAUUUCCAGUGCUCACUGGGGGACAAACAGAGUUGCUCCUAGGCAAUAGCAGUAGAGGGGUCCUGGGGCAAGGCCCAGGGUGUGACUUGGAGAGAUGGAGUGCUUCAGCAGCUCUGGGGACUAACAGGAUGGGGUGGGGGUGGGGCAAGACAGCCAGUUUCACCUGACUCUGCCAGGAAGACCUGAGAUGCACCCAGCAUCCUGCACGGAAAGGCUCCUGGUGGGCCUCUUGUGUCCUGUCUUCACACCAAGCAGCUGCAGGUGAGAACAGUCAGUGCUGCCACAGCGGUGUUAGGGACAUUGGACUUCCAAGGAAUAAGCAAUGGCUGCAGGCUGCACCUCAGAAGUCAGAAGGGGGGCUCUAACCAGGAGAGUUAGGCAGUGCGACUCACUGAAGGGCCACUGAACCCGAACACCAAAUAUGAAGGGUCCUUGUUUUACAUUUAAAAUUUACAUUUAUUUUUAAUACAUAUAUGCUUUAUGUCUCUAUUUUAAAUCUCUUAUCUAUCUAUCUAUCCAUCCAUCUUCUGUCUUUCUGUCUGUCUGUCUACUUAUCUGUCUAUCUAUCUCUACCUCUCUCAAAAAGAGGUUUUCUCUAGUCAUUCUGUCUCAAUUGAGCCUCCUCUCACUUGAGACUAGGUCUCGUAUGUUCUAGACUGGCCUUGAACUUAAUACAUAGCUGAGGAUGAUUUCAAAUUUCUUUUAAGGAUUGAUUUGUUUGUGUGUUUAUUAUUUGUAUAUACAUCCACUUGUGUGAGCUUUGUGCCCAGAGGAACUCAUGGAGGUCAGAAGAGGGCAUCAGAUCCCCUGGAACUGGGGUGAGUCAUGGGCAGUUGUGAGGACCCCGCACCAAGCCCAGGUCCUUUGCAAGAUCACUAAGCACUUUUUUUUUUUUACAUUUUUCUUAGCAUACAUUAAUCAUACACAAUUGGUUUCAUUGUGGCAUUUUCAUUCAUAUAUUUGAAAUGUUUUUUUUUUAAAUCAUAAUCACCCCCAUUUCCUGGUCUUGUUCCCCUCUCACUUCCACUAAGAACUUCUGAUUCUCCUGCCGCUGCCUCCGGAGUGCUGGGCUCACAGGCACUCAGCUUAAAAAGUGCUUAGGGCGGGCUCUAGGACUCAUGUGCCUACCGAGCUUCAUCCCUGGCCCCUACUUUAUUCUUUAAUUUUACCUAACCUAGUUUUGUUACACACGAGGCACUGUUCUACAGGUUCAAAUAUGAAGUCCCUCAGUCCGAUGGCAGCCUUGCCAGGGUCUCUUGCUUCCUUUAUUUUGUAUCUGUAAGGGAAACUGAGGAUGGGAAGAUCAGGAAAGCUGCGCAGGAUUGGACAAGGCGGUGAAAGGCGGCAGAGCUGGGAUCACAGAGAUGUUUCAGCUUCGGGACCAGUGUCCUCGCACUGUGCCCCAGUGGUUCAAACCAGAGCUUCAGGUGUGAUUUCCCAGUGUCCUCCAUCUCUCAGAUGCCAGCUAGCUCACUAUAGCCGCUGUGCUGUCACGUCUGGCACAGUGACACUUUGUUCUUACCAUCUGCGAGGAGCAUGAAUGAAUGAAUGAAUGAAUGAAUGAAUGAAUGAAUGAAUCCGUGAGAGAGGCGAGAUUCCUCAUAACCUGACUCCCUAGCACAAUAACCACGGUCAUUUUAACAGAGUGAGUCUUCAUGUGUGGGUCAGGAACCGCUCCUGCCAGUCCUGUGUACCGUCACCAUCCUUAAGAAGCCAGAGCAGGUCUACUGUGCCAACACACCUGGGGCAAGAAGCUGGUGAGGUGCCUCCUGCCAGCACCUGGCUCCUGGUCAGCCUAGGGCACGUCUGUUUCUCUCUUUGUCUCACCUUUGCUCACAGCCCUGCUGGCUCCUGGAGGCUCCUUAUCUCUGUCUGCCAGGCCCAUCCACGUCUUUGUAUGUUGCUGAGCCUAGGUGCUUUCCAAAGCGGGUGGAGCCUGCAAUAGUAAUUUUACUUCAUCAUCACUGUUGAGGAGCAGAAAAAAAAACAUUGGCACAGUUGCUUACCAUUCUGCAAGUGUUUCAAGUCAUUACUCUGGAACCCAAAAGAGUACGAAGCUAUGUCAUAAAUUUAGAAGCCAAUAGAAUCCUGGGUUCUGUCUGUCCCUGUGUUGACCACUCCUUGAAGUCAUAGUGCCAAAACUAAUGCCCUGGUGGUGUGUUGGUUUGAUGCUGCUCCAGCAAAGCACUGGACAAUGGAUAUGUUUAUAAAGAAAAAAAGUGAAAUUUU